CAAGGUUCGAGGUCCGAGGUGGAAGGGCAGCCCCUUCCCCGGGCCUGGCUGCCUCGGCCCAGGUUUUCAGCCCCCUCGUUCCGAGCUAUUUCUCGCUUUUAGAGCUCAGUGAUGUACGACCGCCAGCGUGGAGGGGGUCAAGCCCAUGGUGGACUGGGCCCAAUCUGCCCCGCGUGUGGGUGUAAGAAGAACCCUUCGCACUUCACAUUCUGCUAUGAUUGCAAGUCUCCUCUCUCUGUGUUUCGUGGUGGCCAGCCUCGCACUCUGCAGGGAGGCGCAUGGGGGCAGCAGUCUCGGCAGCAGUCUCGUGGAGGAAGGGAGGCCAGCAGCAUUGGCAGUAUCGCGAUGAUGGUAAGGGCAUGGGUCAGCGCCAGCAGUCUUUCCACAGCCGCGUCGACGACCUUCAUCGGCACAAGCAGUUGGCUGAAGGCAAGCACGAGGAUCUCUUGUCUCCAGCAUUUCGCCAGAUCAUCAGUUCGGCACGGGACACCGUGCUUGCUGAGAAGCAGGAGACCACCCCCGCCAGCCAGAAGCUGGCCAAGGCCGAGCAGGAGGCUAUCGCCACGGACAUCCUAGGACGCAACAUCCCGUUCAUCAUAGGUGGUGACUGUAAUAUCAAGCCAGGUGUUCUCGCGGCAUGGGCGCCUCUCGGCGAGUUGCAGCGUUUAGUUCGAGCUCCUGAGCAGCCCGCCUAUGUUGCAGAUGAAGGCGCUGCGGACGAGGGCAUGCCGCGCGGCGCGGAGGACUUGGCCGACUUCGCGGACUUCACCAACGCGCCCUCGUCGCCGGUCGGAGCGCCCUGGACGGCCAGCUUCCCCAGCAGCGGUGCCACCAGCCCUGCCGGCCCCGCGGAGCCGAGCGGUGACGCCGGGGGCGCCAGGCUGGGCUGGAGCCAGGACGACGUGCUUCCGAUGGAGCCGUCGCGGCGCCCCUCCCUGCCGCAGUGGCAGGCCGCAGGUGCCUCCAGCGCGCCGCCGCCAACGUCGCCUGCGGGCCCCACCACCAGCGCCAGCGCCCGCACCACUGGAGCGGAGGCAGCCGCGGCCUGGGAGGCGGCGGGGGCGGAAGCGGCGGCGGGUCUGCCCGCAGCGGCGCCGGCGCCCGCGGGGGCGGAGGCCGCCGGCGCCGAGGAGGGCGAGGAGGAGUGCGGACGCGAGCACGACGCCGACCAGAGCUCAGUGGACAGCGUGCUCGGCUCGGGCGUCAUGCGGGAUCUCUCCGCCGACGAGCUAUUCGACCGUCUUCUCAGCUCGGACAGGCCGUGACGGACUCCAUGUGCCGCUCGCGAAUCGACAGCCAGCGCGCCCCGGUAUGGCGCGCGCUUGCAGCUGAGGGGCCUCAGGCUGCCUGAGCAGCCUGCCUGGCGGUCCCCGCGGCCCGCCUGGGCUUUGCGUCGGCGGUUGCUCGCGGUCUAUCAGAGCGGCCGCUGCAAGACCAUAGUGUGUGUGCGUGUGCGCGUACGACUGGGUGGCUGCAGUUGCGUCCUUUCAGUCCAUGGUGCGCGUGGUAGACCAGCAAGUCGCCAAAAUUGUCCCGCCGAGAUAGACAGGGAGGCGCGCGUAUGGAAGGCUAUCCGAGGGCACCGCGCACGGACACCAUGAACAGUCAUCCUGGAGCUGGUUUAAGAAUUCUGACGCAGAGCUACGUUGGACCCUGUCCACCCUGCUGCAAUCCCAGCAGGGGAAUUCAAAAGGUAUGCAGUGGCUCGGCUCGCAAAGCGAGCCUGCUUCACAGCGUAUCGCGCACGUUCGGCGAUCGAACCUACGCGGUUCGAUCUGCGGCCGGGCGCUCCGCGCAGGUUUCGUAGGAUGCAGCGCUGCCCGGUCGUCCCAAUGGGCGGGAGUGUUCGCCGCGCUAGCAGACGUCUGAAAUCUGCCCCAUCCUCUCCCCUCC